AUGGUAAGCCUGCUGCUGGAAGCCCGUGCUUCUGUGACCGAGGAGAUUGCUGACGUUGCACACGCUGACUUUCAACUUGUGAAUCUGCUCUUGGAUGCUGGUGGCCCUGCCACAGGCCGAUGUCUUUACUAUGCAUCUUCGCAAGGUCGCAUUGAACUUGUGAGGCGGUUGCUGGAAGCCGGAGCCGACGAAAGCUACCUACACUUUGAAGAAACUAGGUUCAAGUUUCACAGUACAUCCCCAAGACGAUCGCUGCCAGUCGGCACACCGCUCUUCGUUGCAUCUGGCCAGGGUCACCUGGAAGUUGUGCAACUUCUGUUGAAGGCCGGUGCUGACCAGCAUGAGGCCACCCUUGCAGGAACACCUUUGUUUGUGGCUUGCUCCGCAGGCCACACUCAGAUUGUGCAGCUUGUAUUAGAGGCUGGUACCGACGAGGACGUCGGAACUGAAACAGAGACACCUCUUUAUGUCGCUUCUUUGAAAGGUCAUGCUGAGGCCACACGCUGCCUGCUGAACUCACGUGCUGACGUCAACAGAGGCAAUGGAAGAGAAACGCCGCUGUACGCAGCAGCUUCAAGGGGACACGUGGAUACUGUACAGUUGUUGCUGCAAGCCGGUGCUGACAGGCACAAAGGUAGGGUCGCCGACAUGCCCUUGCAUGUCGCGAAACUAAAUGGCCACACAGAGGUGGUGCAUCUUUUGCAAGGCACCUUGCAGGCUGCGAUAAGUUUCCCGCAGCUGUUCAGAGAUGGGGCACUGCUUUUGGUUUGUGCUGUGCUGCUCUUGGUAGUACGACGGCCCUCUGCAUGGAAGCUGAUGAGAGCUGUUCUUCGGCCUUGUCAAAGCUGGAUCGGUCGGAUUUGGACCCGUGUGCUGCAUGUGUCCUUAAAAACAGCGUCCGCUGCAAGGGCCCUUGAGAAGACCCUUAGAUUCCGGGCAUGCCCCCUGGCA